GUGUGGCUGUGUACACGGGGCAGUAUGUGACUACUCUGUGCCACGUUUCACUAUAUGACGUAAUCCCUCGGAGCGCUGACAGGUCUCUGCUGCGGUAACGUUACUGACUGGCUCAAGAGAAAGACGGGCAGAAGACACGCGAGUUUAACAUACGUCCACCUUUUACCAUCGCUAGGUUCUCAGCCGCUGCCGUAGCCCUUCGUUGCUCCCGAUUUGGCUAACCAGCUGGCUAAUGUUAGCUGUUUCCUGGUUGGAGCUGCAGCCAUUUUGGAUUUUUACUAAGAAACAAGUAGCCGGCCGUGGUUUGGGGAGCACAGUAAGCUAACGCUAGCGCUAACCGUUUUCCCUACCGUGCUAUUUGGCUGCUGAUAGGGAUAAGAAACGUUUCACGAGAAGGGAUUCGCCGUACACCGAGUUGACAAUGAAUCCAGAAUAUGACUAUUUAUUCAAGCUGCUCCUGAUUGGUGACUCUGGUGUUGGAAAGUCCUGCCUUCUCCUCCGAUUUGCAGAUGACACAUACACAGAAAGUUACAUUAGCACUAUUGGUGUGGACUUCAAAAUUCGAACCAUAGAACUAGAUGGAAAGACCAUUAAACUUCAGAUUUGGGAUACAGCGGGACAGGAGAGAUUUCGUACAAUCACGUCCAGUUACUACAGAGGUGCUCAUGGUAUCAUUGUAGUGUAUGACGUCACAGAUCAGGAGUCCUUUAACAACGUCAAACAGUGGCUACAAGAGAUUGACCGCUACGCCAGUGAAAAUGUCAACAAGCUACUGGUUGGAAACAAGUGUGACCUGACGACAAAGAAGGUGGUGGAUUAUACAACAGCAAAGGAGUUUGCAGACUCUCUAGGAAUUCCUUUUUUAGAAACCAGUGCUAAGAAUGCGACCAAUGUGGAGCAGGCCUUUAUGACCAUGGCUGCUGAAAUCAAGAAACGGAUGGGCCCCGGAGCCACAUCAGGAGGAGGAGACAAACCCAAUGUGAAGCUAACUCCUGGCACCACUGUCAAGCCUUCAUCAGGAGGAUGCUGCUGAGUGAGAGACAGAAAAACCACUUCCUCUUUGGCCACUCUUCCUUCCCCCCACUUAUUUAGCAGGGUCCGUCAGCCUAGCUGCACCAUCCUCCUGUAAACACCACCUUGCCCCAGGAACCACCUCAACCCUACACACACCACGAACACACAGGACAGGGAAGACAUGAGCCACAUGUGUUGCCUGUAUUUGUACUGUACAUACUGUAGCUGUACUAUUAAAAAAAAAAAAAGAAAAAUGUAAUAAAGCUCCUCCUAGUCAAAUAGUUCUGUUACUGAUGACCCGGCCAUCCCCCACCCAUCUCAGAAUUCUUAGAGACUACUGUUGUUUUGCCCUCUAAAUACAGGUUCACUGUGCGUGCGUGCGUGCGCGUCUUUCUCUGCAUUCCGACAGCAGGCCGACAGGAUGGGGAGGGGGGUAAAUGAAUUAGUUUGUUAUUUCCCUAUGUGAUUAUGUUGCUCUUGUUCUCAGCAUGUGUCUGGCAGCCUGCAGCCCCCCCCCACCUCUGCACAGUGUUUCUCGCUGUCCAACAUCUAAAAUCUAGUGCAACAGCAUAUGUACAUAAACACUGUAUAUAUAUAUAUGAACAUAAGAUCUGAUUUGCCAGUUGUUCUGUAGUGUUCUACACAAUGAGAUGGUCUCUUCUUUUCUUCGCAUUACAUUUGUGGCUAAAGCGAGUUUGUUGCUCUACAUGUAACACUUCAAAAAUGAAAAUAAAUAUAGUACCAGACUGCAUAAGA